UCUUCACUCUACAUAUAUAGCAAAAACCCAAGAUUUUUAUUUAAUUAUUCUCAAUAUCUACGAUGAUGAACAUAUUGAAAAGUCUAGCGAUCAUUUCCGUUCUCGGAAUAUUCUUUAUACCUCGUUAUUCUGAAUCCGCAAUAUCUUGCAGUGUUGUGAUACAGGAUUUGCAGCCAUGUGUGAGCUACUUGACCAGCGGAAGUGGAAAGCCUCCGGAUACUUGUUGCAAAGGUGUUAAGAGUUUAGCGGCUGCGACCACCACAUCAGCCGAUAAGAAAGCGGCUUGCCAAUGCAUCAAAUCAGUGGCCAAUAGUGUUACCGUGAAGACUGAAUUGGCUCAAGCCCUUGCUAGCAAUUGUGGUGCGAGCUUGCCCGUUGAUGCAUCCCCUACUGUCGACUGCACUACGGUUGGUUGAGAUAUUCUCCCAUCGAUCAAUGGUCCAUCUUUUCCUAAGUAUGCAAUUAUAUUUAAAUCAAUAAAGCCCACCCUCCCCCC